AUGUUAUAUUACCAAACCCUAGCGAUAAAGACAGGAAACAUCAAUAUAUUAGAUAUUCAAAGGCAACAAUAUAUCAAGAACAAAGCGAAAUUGUUAUAUGAUUAUAGAUAUAAAGUUUAUUAUCAAAUUGUGUUAGUAUUGUUAAGUGGUACGCCUUUGAUAACAGGAUCAUUGAAUAUUUCCGGUUUUGUCCAAUUGAUAUAUUGCGAGCACUGGAGAAAGGAUAUAGAUCUUAGUGAAAGAUGGAAAAAAUGGACUGAUAGCAGAAAAGAGAAAAAAGUUACAUCGAGCGAGAUAUCAAGGAGAUAUGGUUAUCUCAAAGGAUAUAAGUCAUUAGACAAGGCUAACAUUAACAUCUACUAUCGUUCUCGGUUAUAUACAUCCUUCCCAAAACUCAUGGACCUUACCGAUGAUGAAGGUAUACCGUUGAAAUUGAUAGAAAGUAACCUAUGGGUCAAGCGAAAAUCAACAUUUGCAUUAGCAAAAUUUUAUAUUGAUGUCGAUUCCAAAGUACUAGCCGAGGAUCAGCAAACCACCAGAUAUAUUAUUUCGACUAGUUUAUCCUUUGCUGUAGGGCUGACUCUAGUAUCAGCGAUAUCAGUUGCCUUCUUAGAGUCUGAUUAUUAUACAGAUACAAUAGCUCAAGGGUUUUAUUGGUAUUGUUGUUAG